GAAAUGCUAUUAAAUAUGACGCGGGCCAGAGUUUUUAUUCGCGAAGUCAACAGUCUGCGUUUUCCAUUAAAAAUGCAGUUCCGCACAAGAUCGAUCAGAAAUUAUCCGACAGAAUCUAAUGAAAUAGGAGACACGAGUAUUAACUUGCGACCGACCGAGGAUAUUCCUGGUCCAAAAGCAUUACCUUUGAUUGGCAAUUUAUUCAGAUUUAUGCCUUAUAUAGGUGAAUACUAUAAUGUGAAUGUUCUGACACUUAUGCGGAUGCUGCAUGAAAAGUACGGCAAUAUCGUCAAACUUGACGGUUUAAAGAAACAACCAACUAUUUUUUUAUUCUGUCCAGAAUUAUGUAAAAGUAUGUAUCAGUUGCAAGGCAAAAUUCCAAUACGAAUUGCCAUGGAGCCCUUGCACAACUAUCGUAAAAAUAGAGAAGACAUUUACAAAGGACAGUAUGGUCUCACAACAAGUCAAGGAGAACUGUGGAAGGAGUUUCGGUCAAAAGUUGGUCCACAUAUGAUGCGACCAAAAAUAGUGAAAAUGCAUGUUGCACAAAUUCACGAUAUAACUAACGAGUUCGUGGAUAAAAUAUCAACACUGCUAGAUCCUAAAACGCUGGAAUUGCCAGAUGACUUUAUGAACGAAUUAUACAAAUGGAGUGUAGAAUCGAUGUGUUCAAUAGCAUUAAAUUACCGAAUGGGGUGCUUAAAGUCUAAUCUUGCCAUAGACUCAGAUGCGCAAAUAAUGAUUAAUUGUGUAAAGGAAAUGUUCGAUCUUACGUAUCGUAUAGAAAAUGUACCAUCUCUAUUAGAAAUAAAUAAUAGACGGAAUUAUCAAAAGCUGUUCAAUGCAUUAGAUAAAAUUAAUGGAAUUUCCGCGAAAUACAUCGAGAAUGCUAAAAAUAAUAUUUUGAAGACUGCAGACGCGGAUAGAGACUAUAGUAUACUGGAAAAACUUUUGUGCAUUGAUGAACAAACGGCUCUUGUAAUGGCUUUGGAUAUACUAAUGAGCACUGAUACGACAAGCAAUGCGGCUGGUGCUUUGCUAUAUCAUAUCGCAAAUAAUAAGGAGAAACAGGAAAAAUUGCGAAAAGAAGUAAUGUCUGUAUUACCUGACAAAACAACACCUAUUACACCUGAUGUUUUGGAAAAGAUACCGUAUGUUAAGGGCUGUAUCAAAGAAUCUAUGCGACUGUUUCCCAUCACCAAUGGUAUUCUAAGAAAUAUGCCAAAAGAUGUUUCUUUGGGAGGAUACUUCAUACCAAAAGGAACAAAUGUGAUAGCUUGUCACGCAGUCCUUUCGAUGGAUCCUAAGUAUUUUGCGUGUCCUAUGGAAUAUAUUCCCGAAAGAUGGAUACGGGAUAGUCCUGAAUUUUCAUCACAUAAAAGUAUACAUACCUACGUAUACAUGCCUUUCGGUUAUGGUGUUCGCGCUUGUAUUGGACAAAGAUUCGCUGAGAUGGAGCUCGAGAUAUUACUCUUGAAAGUCAUACGAAAUUUUCGGAUUGAAUGGCAUUAUGGACCACUUGAACACGAGAGCCAAAUUGUAAAUACGGUGAAAUCACCGUUGCGAUUCAAGCUCAUCGAUUUGUAG